UCAUUGCGCGAGCGGCAUAUAUAAUCUGUAUACAUAUUAAACAUCUUUAGUUGUUCUUUUUUCGGUGGCCGUCUGCUUAGGAUAAUAAACGUGCGAAAUGAGGGUUAUAGGCUCAACCUGUGUUUCUGUUUUCUUGGUUUCUAUCUUGUGUGUUAUGGUCAGUUCUUAUCCACAAAAACCCUCCGAUAGAUCAUUGAACAGUGUUUAUUAUUCUAACAUUGGAAUUCGUAAUAGCAACAAUGGCUAUCGUCAAAAAAGAGCAACUGUAGGGAAUUUUAACAAAGUGAUGUCAGAACUGAGCUUUGUGAUGUAUUAUAUGUAUCCUGCUCUUGCUCCUUAUGUCAAUUCUUGUGAGGCUUACAGAAAUAAAAUUUUUGGUGAUUUCAGUUGGAAAGUUCUUGUUCAAUAUUGUCCCAUAUUACAGCCGACAUGUUUAAAGACUGAAAAUGCAAAAGAUAGUUCAGAUUGCUUUGUUCGUGAUACAGCGGAAGUUAUAGAAUUUGUAUGUUGUUCAGGUGCACAAACACAACCGCCUACGACAACUACUUCAACAACCACUGCUACAACAACCACUGCUACAACAACCACAACGACACCGGUAACCAUACAAACUUGUGGUAUUUCGUAUGUUGCUCCUAGCGGUAGAGUAGUUGGUGGUGUUAAUACCACGGAGUGUGAAUUACCAUGGGUUGUUGGUAUAAAACGCAACGGUGUUUUUAUCUGUGGAGGAACUAUUAUAAGUUCACGUCAAGUUAUCACUGCUGCACAUUGUGUCAGAACUAAUACCUUGUACAGUGUGGAAGUUGGUAAAUGGGAAACUAACAGUUUUAACGAUCGAUAUUGGGAAGAAAUUCAAGUGAUGUCCAAAACUAUUGAAGAAAACUUUGACUCUAUCAAUUUAGUGAAUGACAUUGCUAUCUUGACACUCAGUCGGCCAAUAACAUUUAGCCUAUGUGCACAACCGAUUUGUCUACCCGAGUUAGGCCAACCGUUACCAACACAAAAAUGUACUGUUGCUGGAUGGGGAACACUAUUUCUAACUGGACCUCAGCCGGCUGUGUUACAGAAAGUGGAUUUAACAGUGUAUACCAGUAGUGUUUGUAGAAUUAGGUUUGGUGAAUCAGAAAACGUUGUUCCUGCUGGUGUUAUAUGUGCUGAUAAUGAUGGUUUGGGUGGAAAGGAUGCGUGUAAGGGAGAUUCUGGUGGUCCAUUAAUGUGCAUGGUAGGGAACAAGUAUACUUUAUUCGGUAUUGUAUCUAGUGGACGUGGUUGUGCUGAUGCCGGAGAAGCUGGAUUCUAUACUAAUAUUCCUUAUUACAGAAACUGGAUCAAUUCUCAAUUAAGCAUCUUGCCCACUAAAUAGAGCUACAUUCUUUAUCAUUGCAGUUUUAUGCUGUGAUCCAUUUCUGUUUGAUUUCUUAUUAUUAAUAUAUUAUAAGAAUAAUC